AUGGAAGUUGCGACAACGUCAUGUGGUUUGGCUAUGUUGACAACUGUAUCUUUCUUGGGCAUGGACGACACAACAGAGGAGGUCCUCAUAUGGGCAACGAGUGACCCUAAACUUUUUGUAGCUGCUUCAACUAUUAGUAGGCUCAUCGAUGACAUUGUUGGAAGUGAGUUUGAGCAAGAAAGAGGACACGUUGUCUCGAUCCUCGAUUGCUAUGUGAAGCAACACAAUACCUCAAGGCAAAACGCCAUUAAAGAACUGCUUGAGUUGGUUGAGAGUGCUUGGAAGGACAUUAAUUAA